AUGAGGGUUUAUGGUUUAGGUGAGCAGGGGAGGGGCAUGAUGGAGGAGCACCACCACCCACAGGGCGAGGUGGAGGAGGAGGAGGAGGUGGUGCUGCUGGAGGAGGAGGAGGAGGAGGAGGAGGAGGAGGAGGAGGAGGAGGAGGAGGAGGAGGAGGAGGAGGAGAGAAGGAGGCCGGGAAGUGGGCAGCAGGGGGAAGGAGCAGUAGGGGACUGGGGCAUUGCCAUGAGGAGGAGGGCGUUGGAGCUGGUGUGCGCUGGUGAACGAGGGCAAUUUCAAGGCGCUCACCGCACUCGCGAGCUCUUGGACUACCUGCGUGCUGCUGACUCCCACUUCAAGCCCCACCUCACCUCCAACAUCUACGCCCUCGUGCAACGGUAUGCGCCCAGCAAGCUGUAUCAUGUGGAGAUCAUGCAGCGAGUCAUCACCGAGGCGUGGGAGUAUGUGACGGAUGACGUCAUGCAUUCCUGGUGGUGGGCAUCAGCAACACGCCUGUGGCAGGGGAGUCUAGGCGCGGUGGCGGUGUGGUGUCUGGGCGAGUUCGGGGAGAUGCUCGUCAACAACUCCGCCCUGCUGCACCAACACACGCCCCUCCAGCCUGUGUGCGUGCAUGGUGGGGCGGGGGGCAGGGUUCUCUCCCUACGCCUUCCACAUCUCCCCCUCCCACCUUCACAUCACAGUCGCCCCGUUUCCCCUGGUACUCCCCCUCUGUACCAGUCCACUCCACGUCUCUCCCCUGCGCAUUUACCCCCUGUGCCCACUGACAGGCGCAUGAAGUGGUUGGAGGAGCAGCAGGGGCACAGCCUGGUGUUGGAGGUGCAGCAGCGCUCAGUGGAGUCAGCGCCGUGCUCGCCCGCCACCACAAGACCAAGUCAGCCCUGCGCCCUGGCCCACCCAUAUCUUUCACCCCUCCUUGCGCCCCCAUCUAUCGAUUCCCUCCCUUUUCCCACACUCUUCCAAACCCCACCCGCCCACUCCCCCUUCCUCCUGACUCUGCUGCAUGUCGCCUUGCCUUGA